CGCGCGCCUCCUGGCCGGGCGGAAAGUUUUCCUGACGGAGUUGUGGCGGCGGCGGCGGCGGCGGCCGGAGCGGGCCAUGGACGCGCUCAAGUCGGCGGGACGGGCGCUGAUCCGGAGCCCCAGCCUGGCCAAGCCGAACUGGGGGGGCGGCGGCCGACACCGCAAGCUGCCGGAGAACUGGACAGAUACCCGGGAGACGCUGCUUGAGGGCAUGCUCUUCAGCCUCAAGUACCUGGGCAUGACACUUGUGGAGCGGCCCAAGGGUGAGGAGCUGUCAGCCGCAGCUGUCAAGAGGAUCGUGGCCACGGCCAAGGCCAGUGGGAAGAAGCUACAGAAGGUAACGCUGAAGGUGUCACCACGGGGGAUUAUCCUGACUGAUAACCUCACCAACCAGCUUAUUGAGAAUGUGUCUAUAUACAGGAUCUCCUACUGCACAGCAGACAAGAUGCAUGACAAGGUGUUUGCCUACAUUGCCCAGAGCCAACACAGCGAGAAUCUUGAAUGCCAUGCCUUUCUUUGUACCAAGCGGAAAAUGGCUCAAGCUGUCACCCUCACUGUAGCCCAGGCCUUCAAAGUUGCCUUCGAGUUCUGGCAAGUGUCCAAGGAAGAGAAAGAGAAGAGAGAAAAAGCCAGCCAGGAAGGAGCAGACAUCCUGGGGCCCCACCAUGACAGCAGCCCCUCAUUGAAAAGCUCGGUUGCCACCGGGAACCUGCUAGACUUCGAAGAAUCGGCCAAGGCCCCUUUGUCCACAGUUAGCGCCAACACCACCAACAUGGAUGAGGUACCACGGCCCCAAGCCUUGAGCAGUAACAACGUUGUCUGGGAGCUGGACGAUGGCCUGGAUGAAGCAUUCUCCAGGCUGGCGCAGUCUCGGACAAAUCCUCAGGUCCUGGACACGGGGCUGUCAGCACAGGACAUCCAUUAUGCCCAGUGCCUCUCACCCAUCGACUGGGACAAGCCUGACAGCAGUGGCACUGAGCAGGACGAGCUCUUCAGCUUCUGAGGGCCUGGGGCCAGCAGGACAGUGCCAGCUUUGACAUGUGAUGGACCAAAGUCACCCACAACAUGGGAGCCGGCUCCAGGACACAGCAGCCUCUUCCUGCCCAUGAAAGCUGCAGCCAGUCACAGGAGAAGAGAGAUCUGAACCUGCUUUUUCUCCAAGAACUGAAAGAUGCUUUGAAUAUUUAUUCAGCGACUUCUGGCUUACACUGGCAGCCAGCUUUGCAUUGGGCAUGGGGAGUGUAGAGUGCUGUGGCCAGCAUCAGGCUCUGCCUCUCUAGCCCAGAGCCUGCCCCCUCUGUGCGUGGGUAUCAGGACAGUGACCAAAGCAUUUCUUGUCCCUCUUGUAAGACAUGGACUUCCCUGGGACACCCCCACUCUGUACUAAAGGGCAGUCAGAAUUCCAGCGUGCUCUGGGCACAGGAAGAGCCUCCCCGCUGCCUCCCCCCACCCCCCUCACUCUACAGAAGCCUGGGUCUUUACCCUUUCCUUCCUCAGACUGCAGGCUCAGGCUUGAGCCCUGGACCCAGGACUCUGAAGAGGCAGCCCCUGACCAAAGAGGACAUAGCUUGGCACUUUAAAGCAUACCCAGCAGGUGUACCCCCUGAGGCUCUUCUAUGGUGCUGUGUGGACUAGAACUUUCUGCCCUUCUCCCACAGAAGUCUGUGACUGGUCCCCCAAGCUCUGGACCCUGUGUUCCUGCCCCAGUCUAGGACUGGGAGCAUCCCGGCUGGUGAUGGCUCCACCCUUGGAUCUCUUCCCACCUUUCCCACCCAUGGGUGAGGUCACGCCUGCUCUUGUUUUGUCUGUACAUCCUUGAGAGUCCCAUCCCUGCCCCCCCCCCCCGACAGCCCGGGUUUGUGUCCAUAUAUUUCACAGCCAUUUUUCUACAGAAACAGGCCCCGGGCACAGAGGGGUGGAGUUGAGAGCAGAACUUACAUCUGAUGCCAAAGCUGCUUUCUCCCAGCUCACACCUCCUUUUCUUCUAGCUUUGUUCUCCCACGAACCAAAAAACUCCAGCUAUUUUCUGACCAAAAUGUGUUUCAUAACAAGCCAUCUGGUGCCUUUCCUCACAGCACUGGUGCAGGCCUCUGUGCCCAGCUAUCUAUCUUGCUGCCAGUUUCCCAGAAGAUGCCAGUGUUGGAAGUCUGCUCCUUCCUGCUUAGGGUGAGACAAAACUUAGACUCUGUAAGCAUCACGCUGCUCUUUCCCCACACUGCCCCGAUCCCAGCGGCAAGCUCCUUUAGAAUCUCUCUUUCCUUCCUCCCUGCUGCCCUGGUGGGCUCCGACAUCUGAAACACAGCCAAGCUGUGAGGCUCUGCUUCCCAGGAGCCCCAGCAGCCUGGCUUCUUAAAGCCAGCCUGAGCAGCCCUGGGAAAAACACCAGCAUGUCUUAGAAUCCAUACACUUAUCUGCAGGAGGGGAUGUGGAGCGAGAGAGGGGACAUAGAGUGUCUUUAUCAGCAUAAGGAUGACUUCCUUUCCCUGCCCAGCUUUCCCCCGUUCCCCCUACCCUCCACCCCAGACUUUUGUCAGGGGCCAUCCUGGAGUUCUUGGCCCCAGCCCUGCUGGGUUGUGCAGUCCUGCUGUGGCCUGUGGUCUCUUGUUGACUUGUCAGUGUGCUUCCGGUGUCUACGGCCAAGUCUUGGGCUCUACUCCAUGAUGCUGUAAAGGAAGUUCUAAUGGUGAAAACAAACAAUAAAUGUCUCUUUGUGAA